AUGGGAUCCUCCAAUCAAACAGUCACCACCAUUUCCGAAUUUAUCGUCAAUGGAUUUUCUGGACUGCAGGAUGAACAGUCCCAAAUCAUAAUUUUUGUGUUACUUUUUGUCAUUUAUAUAAUUGUGUUACUGGGAAACCUCUCAAUUUUAAUCCUAAUUAAACUGGACGAGGCUCUUCAUACACCCAUGUAUAUGCUUAUUAGUGUUUUAGCAUGUGUGGAUAUAUGCAUUCCUUCUGUGACUGUGCCAAAAAUGCUGACUAAUUUUGUAUUCCACACCAAAGCCAUACUUUUUGGAGCCUGUUUCACUCAAAUGGUUUUCUAUAUUGGCAUUGGUACAAUGGAAUCCUUUCUACUUAUGGUCAUGGCAUAUGACCGGUAUGUAGCAAUAUGCAAUCCCUUACACUAUCCAACCAUAAUGACCACAAAUCAUAUUGUGAAAUUAUGCUUCUUAUGUUGGAUCGGUGGUAUGAUGACCCCAAUGGUGCCUUUGUAUCUUGCUCUAAGGUUACCCUUUUGUGGACCCAAUAUAGUUUUGCACUCAUUUUGUGAUUAUUCAGCAGUGGUCAGGCUAGCUUGUGCUGAUGUCACUUUAAAUGCCAUUGUUUCAUUGACCAUAGCCAUGUCAGUGUUGUUAAUUCCUUUAGCUUUUAUAGUCUUUUCCUAUUUUAAAAUAAUUAGGUCUGUUCUUAAAGUGGCCUCUUCCGAAGGACGCCGAAAGGCAUUUUCCACUUGCGCUGCCCACUUGUUUGUUAUCACCCUUUUUUACCUUGUUGCAGUGUUUGUCUUUAUUUCUUAUAGAAUCUCAGGGUUCUCUACUGAUGCACGCAUUAUGGCAGCAGUGCUCCAGAAUCUGAUACCUCCCAUGGUGAACCCUGUCAUCUACUGCCUGAAAACAAAAGACAUUCAGAAAAGUUUUUUCAGACUUCUUCACCGAAGAAAAGUAACAAAGAAUGAUAAUUAA